CCAGGGAGAAAAGUACCUCUGGGUCAUUUUAAGCUAACGUCGACCACUGCCUAGCUGAGACAGUUAUGUAACUAACGAUUGAAGGCUUGUCACAUAAUGAAAAGAGAACGUCUGACUCCCAAAAGUAACAUGGAGCAGUCUCUCUUUUAAAGUCGCUACUUAACAGUGAAAGAUUAUUAUGACAUUCGUGAGCGAACUUUCUUUUCGUCAGGUAAGAACUGUCAUUUCCUUCUUUUCUGCUUUGACAAGAAUAAAGUCCCACAGCGCAGACUAAUAAUAAUAACAAUACAGUAUUUGAAACCAAACUCACAAUGAUGAUGCAAUACAUGUUUAAUUUUGUAUCUCUAAAAAAAAUAGGAACAUAUAAUGUUGAACGUUUUUUCUAUACAAUCAUUGGAUUUACCAGCAGUGCUGAUUACAUCUCUUCCUGUUGCUUAAGAUUACUGCAAAAUUGCUACAUAGCGAUAGCAUACAUAACCCUGUUAGCGCCAGUUCCACGCAUGCAUCCGUCAUUGCACACUCGACUUUGCAUGCACGGACUGUAGGACACCUCGCUCUGCUCUGCAUCUUUGCCUGCUUCUCGAUGCCAUAUCGCCCUCUGUGCCAGCCAGUCAGCUUCCUGCAGCAAAAGAGGCCACCUCUGCACACUCGAGGCGCAUUCAUGUCCCCCCUGUAUGGUUGCCUCUUCCUCCCGGUGUGCUGUUCAAACAAGGAUGCUAUUGAGACCCCCCCGUCCAGCUGCACAGCCACAUUCACAAGUGCAAACACUAUGUGCCCUGUGUGAUCGCUUGCCACCCUCACACGACAUAGGGAGGACAAGGAAGACAAAAUCAGCAUCAUAGACUAGAUGUGCCCCCACAUCUAGUCUUGGAUAGAUGAGUAGAGACCUCCACCAAAACUGAAAACGCAAGCAGUGGUGUUUUGUAUUUGUGUUAUCUGUUUUCGCAGACUACUUCCUGGUUCAAGGAGGAUGAGGUCACAGACAACGGCGGGUCAAAGCCAGCUCGCAAAUUUGCCGGCUGUGGUAUCAAAAGUGCACCAGAGGCAGGACACUGUGUGAAAGGGGAAUGGCGGAAAGCUAACCUCUCCCUCCCCUGUUGUGUUUAAGCAGGAAUAACAACACCGCACCUGCUAUCAUCAUACAUGAACCAAGAAAUAACCAAAGGUGGCAUUGCUGGGGCAGAGAAGCACGCUGAAGGGAACAAACGUCUACAUCAAUGAGCAUCUGACGAAACUCGACGACGACAUCGCCAAGAAAGCACACAAUUGCAAAACCAAAUGAAAUGGAGGACAGGACAAACACUGAUGACCUCAUCUGGAAUUAUCAGCCGCAUUCAACCAUGAAAGAGUUUCUGUGUGAAAGACAGUCUGCCUCUACUCUUGCAUCGCUGCUCUGUCGUGACUGUGGGGGGUGGACACUUGAAGUGCAAAGAAAGUCCUGUAUCCGCACCUUUACCCAGAUCCUCACCGAACGUGAACGGCUUCUCUGCAGUACUUCAUCAUGCUGUGGUUAAACGAGCCGGCUCUUGCUAAGGUUUCUUGCUUAUAGGACAAGAAGUGCUGCUUCCUGGGGCGCUACGAUGAUUGUUGCCUCCUCCUUCCUAUGCAGCCGCUGUUGACAAUUCUCUCCAUGGCCUCACCCCUCCCCCUUGUGCAUGCACGCACACGCUCAGAAACUGAUGCAAGUUCCCCUAUCUGUCAGAGCCAGUUCCUCCAUUUAAGAUGCUGACUUGUUUAUGAAGUAAGGACGAGUGGUUCUGCCGUCCUCUCCUCACUCACGUCCUCGACGGCAGGUGUAUGAAGUCUGAGGCGAAGGCGGGACGUGGGAGCGCUGUGGGUGGCCGGUAGGUGAGCACUACAGGGGCCAGACAGGAGGAGGCGGAGGAGGAGGAGCAGGGGUCAAGCAUGGAGCUGUAGGGGCGCCCGCGCUCAGAUGCCCAUGCGGACGCCUGAGGAGGAGGAGGCGUGCGGCGGCUGAGAUGAACAGGACCAAGAGGAAGCCCAACUGUGAGAGCCCCAACGUGCUGCAGAGCAGGAAGCAGGUCCAGAGGAGGAGGAACACAUGUCCCAGUCCUCAGGACAUCACCCGGGCCCUGCAGGGCCCCCCUUCCACCCCCAGCGCCAGUGCGGCCAGCCUGGAUGAGCUCAUACUACGCUGCCUCAACUGCUUCGCAGAUUCUGAGGGAAAGCUAUGCAGCCCCCGAGGCUCCCAAACGGUCCACAUGACCCUGAUGAUGCACAGCUGGGUGGUCCCGUCCCAGACGUUCGCACAGAAGCUCCUGGCCUUGUACAAGGCCUGCCCACCCGACAAAAGAGGACUGAGGCGGGGUCAAGUGUGCCACCUGGUCAGGACCUGGAUCGGCCAGUUCCCUGCCGUGUUUGAGGCCGACCCCCUUCUGGAGCAGACCAUGGGGGACCUGUGGGCGCUGGUCCGCUCAGACGGGGAGGAGACGCAGCUCAUCGACACCUCCUGCUUAAGUCCUCACGCGAACGUGUCACAGGCUCCUUCACCCUCAGUGAAGAAGAGGAAAGUGUCUCUCAUCUUCGACCACAUGGAGGCGGAUGAGAUGGCCGAGCAUCUCAGCUACUUGGAGUUCAAGAACUUCUGCAACGUUUCGUUCCUGGACUACCGCAGCUACGUGGUGCGGGGCUCGGUGAGGGACAACCCGGCGCUGGAGCGCUCGGUCAUGAUGUGCAACGGUGUGUCCCAGUGGGUCCAGCUGAUGAUCCUCAGCAGGCAUACGGCCCAGCAGAGGGCGCAGGUCUUCACCAAGUUCAUCCAUGUGGCUCAGAGGCUUCGAGCUCUGCAGAACUUCAACACACUGAUGGCCGUCACUGGAGGCCUCUGCCACAGCUCCAUCUCCCGCCUCAAAGACACGUACAACCUGCUGCCUCCCGACAUCACCAAGGUCCUGAGUGAGAUGACAGAUCUGCUGUCAUCACGCAGCAACUACAGCAACUACCGGCGGCUCUACAGCGAGUGCAGCGGCUUCAAGGUGCCCAUCCUGGGCGUGCACCUCAAGGACCUGAUCUCCCUCAACGAGGCCCUGCCCGACUACAUGGACAAGGACAAGAUCAACCUGAGCAAGCUGCAGCACAUCUACAGCAACAUCAAUGAGCUUCUGGCGCUGCACAGCUGCACGCCGCCCUUUGAGGCCAACAAGGACCUCCUGCACCUGCUGACGCUCUCCCUAGAUCUCUACUACACCGAGGACGAGAUCUAUGAACUCUCUUACGCCAAGGAACCCAAGAACCCCAAGAUACAGCCCAUCACUCCAGUUAAACCGCCAGUGGUGGCAGAAUGGGGGUCAGGGGUCACACCCCGCCUGGACCCCAACACCAUAUCGAAACACGUCAAACAGACAGUGGAUUCCAUCAUGAAGAACUACGACCACAAGCAGGACGGCUACAUCUCACUGGAAGACUUUGAGAAAAUAGCUGCCAACUUCCCCUUCUCCUUCUGCACGCAGGAAACUGACAGGCAGGGUCAAAUCAGCCGCGAGGAGAUCACGUCCUACUUCAUGCGGGGGAUGUCGGUGUGCGCCAAGCUGGGCUACAGCUUCAACGACCCUCACAACUUCCACGAGACCACCUACAAGAGACCCACCUUCUGCGACACCUGCGGGGGCUUUCUGUGGGGCGUCAUCAAACAAGGCUACCACUGCAAAGGCUGCGGGAUGAAUUGCCACAAACACUGCAGGGAUCUGGUGGGAAUGGAGUGCGUGAAGAAACACAAAAACACCAGCGGAUCCUGCCCGUGCACACCCGCCCCGGACUCUCGAGCGAAGGGGACCGCGUGGAGUACGGAGGAGGAGGCCUUCAUCUUCUCCCACAGCAAUGAUGUGGAACACAACAAGGGCGCCCCCAUCAGGAAGACUACAGACUCAGCGCUGUCGGACCGCUCCACUCAGACGGACCCUGGAAUGUGGACCCCUGAGAAGAAGGAGCGCAGGAUUCACCACCCCAGACAGGCCAACACGCUGCCUGCUGAGAGAAGUCGAGUCAGCUCCAUGCCUGUCUCCUUCCUGCAGGAGAAGCUGGAGGAGCUGCAGCUCUCCAAGGAAAAGAGCCGGGAGCCAGACUGAUCCAAACCCGCUCCCCAAAAAAGACCAAACUUUCCCAAACCUGAGACGCCUUCAUUAUUUGUGACCUUUUUCCCAGCACAUUUCCACAAUGGACUGUUUUAAAUAUUUCCAUUACUCAUGUAGUUUCUGGUGCUAAGAUUCUUGGGAAUGUCAUGUGACCAGUUUCCUGAUCCAGGAUGAGUCCAUGGAGGGAAAUGAACACUAACCCCCCAUCUCCCCCAGCAAAGUUGGCAUUGACAUAACCUUGGCAGCUAAGUCCACAAAGCCUGCUCAAAGAAGUCAAGGUUUGUUGUUGGCUUUGUUUGAUUGGAACUCCAGUUUGUCUUUUCAAACUUUGCUUUUAUUUGAUUUCAGAGCUGAUUCAGCACCAAGCACCUCAAAAGUGCCUCAUGAUGACUUUGACUUGCAUUAUUGUGUUAAAGCACAACAAUAAAAAUGACAUUUAAGUCCCUUGAAGUGUGUGAAACGGUCAAGAAAAAGCCCCCAGGUUCCAUCCAGGUGUAUACAACGGCUUUUAUUGUACAAAGACAAGAAACAGCUCGGAUCAUAAUUAGUUUAACCACACCGGUACAAAAGAAACAAUUUUUUUUUUAACUACAGCAAGCACAAAGGGAUUAAAAAAAAGGAAAAAAAAAAGCAUUAUACAUCUACUGAAAAGUGGCAUGAACGCUUAAAUACGACAGCAUGAACACUUCUAAAAUGUUGUGGGAGUAAAUCAUCCAGAACCAAAACAGAAAAAGAAGUUGAAAUAAAAGCAAAAAGCAUGCUUUUGUUCGUGUUGACGUAUUUCUAGUGUUGACUUUUCAUACACUGAAGCUCUCCUCUCAUUCACAGACACAAACAAAGCAUCGUCAGGUUAGCGUCUAGCUUGCUAGCAUCUACCACCUCGCCGCCACCGCCUUACAUAAGACAGAUUUUUUUUUUGG